AUGCCUGUGGACUCCAAGAGGGUUCAGCGGAAGCUGUUUCUGCCCUUGCUGCUGCUGCUUUCUGACCUUUGGGACUCCAGAGCUGACAACGAUGCAGAGAAGGCCAUUGAGCUCAUGACAGAGGCUCCUUUAAUUGACGGACACAAUGACCUGCCUCUGAAGCUAAGAUGGCUCCACAAUAACAUGCUGAGUAAAAUAGACCUGAGGACCCUCAGCACCACCGUGACAAACAUUGAGAGGCUGCAGAACGGCCACGUUGGUGCUCAGUUUUGGUCGGCAUAUGUCCUCUGCAGCGCUCAAAACAAAGAUGCCGUCCGGCUGACCCUGGAGCAGAUCGAUGUUGUCAGGAGGAUGUGCGAAGCCUACGAGGAAUUUGAACUGGUGACGUCUGCCCAAGGCAUUAUUGAUACGGACAGUACAAAGAUCGCAUGUUUAAUCGGCCUUGAAGGGGGUCACUCCAUCGACAGCAGUCUUGCAACCCUGAGGAUGUAUUACGCCCUGGGAGUCCGGUACAUGUCGUUGACGCACAACUGCAACACUCCCUGGGCAGAAUCGUCCUCAACACAGGCACCAAAAAGCCUUUAUCAUGACACUGAGGGCUUGACUCCUUUUGGAAAAGAAGUGGUGAAGGAAAUGAAUCGGCUGGGGAUGAUGAUUGACUUAUCUCACGCGUCCGACGCGACAGCAAUGAAGGUGCUCAGCAUCUCCAAAGCACCAGUCAUUUUCAGCCAUUCUUCAGCCUUCGCGGUUUGCAACAACCCGAGGAAUGUUCCCGAUGAUAUUUUGCUAAGUCUGAAAGAGAACAAUGGAAUUGUGAUGGUGACAUUCCACGCCAAGGUGAUGGCCUGUGGUGAAAGCCCAGUUAGCAUUUCAACAGUAGCAGAUCAUUUUGACCACAUCAAGAAUACUAUAGGUGCAGAAUAUAUAGGAAUUGGUGGUGACUUCGAUGGAGUCUCUAAAUAUCCAAAAGGACUGGAAGAUGUUUCCAAAUACCCAGCCUUGAUCGAGGAACUACUGAAGAGAAAUUGGAGUAGUGAAGAAGUGAAGGGCGUUCUGAGGGAGAAUUUCCUUCGCGUUUUCAGGGAUGUGGAAAGGGUAAAGGAAGACAGUGUCGAGGAGGCAGCAAAUGAAGAGGAAAUUCCGGCAGAAGAGGUGCAGAAUUCCUGCCGCCUGGAGCUGAAGCCCCCUCCUGGAAUGCCCGUGCUGCAGUGACUUUGAGCCAACCAGACAGAUUAUAUUCCACUACUCCUCUGCCUACUUCCGUGUUCAUUUUGAAUAAAGUUACCUACU